UGAUUCUAAUUAUCACUGAAUUGAGCAUGAGGGCGUCCUGCCUUUAUAAGCCUCCAUAAUGCCAGCUUGAAAUCAUCCUUUCCAUUGUUGUUUAGUGAUCCAACAUGGCAGUACUGGCAAAAGUUGUCGCUGUGUGGUUUCUCAUUGCUACUGUUAGUAAUGUCUUCUGUCUUCCAAAGAGGGAUGUUGUGGAGAAAGGUGCCCAUGUGGUUGAUGUUACAACACCAAAUCCCAACAACCAGACCCAAACCGGAGAUAAUGGUGGUGCAAGUGAAGAUGUUCAAUCAGCCACUCCAGCACCUAAUCCCCAGAAUCAGACAGAUGCUGCACAAACUGAAGUUACUGAUGGAGCAAGUGAAGAUGACGUGGUAACUGAAGGCCCAAAUUCCCAAAACCAGACAACAGCUGCCCAAACUGGAAAUGCUGAUGGAGCAAGUGAAGAUGACGUGGUAACUGAAGGCCCAAAUUCCCAAAACCAGACAACAGCUGCCCAAACUGGAAAUGCUGAUGGAGUAAGUGAAGAUGACGUGGUAACUGAAGGCCCAAAUUCCCAAAACCAGACAACAGCUGCCCAAACUGGAAAUGCUGAUGGAGUAAGUGAAGAUGACGUGGUAACUGAAGGCCCAAAUUCCCAAAACCAGACAACAGCUGCCCAAACUGGAAAUGCUGAUGGAGCAAGUGAAGAUGACCUGGUAACUGAAGCCCCAAAUUCCCAAAACCAGACUACGUCAUAUGCUGCAGGGUCCCAGGAUGGUCCAAGUGAAGAUGCUGAGGUUACCAUGCCGACACCAAAUGUCCAAAACCAGACCACCUCAGACCACACUGUAGGAACUGAUGGUGCAAGUGAGGAUGCUUUUGUGUUAACUACUGUACUGAACCUGCAUAAUGAGACUACUGCUGCCCAAGAUGGGACCACGGUUACUGACUCCCAUGAUUCUGCCUAACCCAUUCCUGAUGUGACCAUUCGGAAUGCUAUGCCUGAUGGAACUACUCAUCAUUUUCAUCUUGAAAGCAAUAAAGACCAGACUUUUUAUCCAA